GUGACUUGGCUCUCAGACUUCGUACACGCCGGUCGAUUCUCUUGAAAAUUCCGUCUAAAGUUGAUAAAAAUAAAAUAAAAAUUUGUUUAAAAUAAAGGAAAAUUUUGAAAUUUACAAAUUCUGAUACGGGAAAAUUCCAUUCAAAAUCAAAGAAAAGUCGAUACUCCGUUGAUGAAAAAUCUGGUCUGGUUUUGGCAGUGUUGAAAGAUAGGAAAAAAUUCUUGAAUAAAAUAAAAUCGGUCCGAAGAAAGGAACGGAAAAUAAAAUCGAAGUUGAAAAGAAAACCCCAGUUUUGUGUGUGAAGAAAAAAAAAACAUUUUGUGUGUUAAGGGGGUAAGUCUUUUUUUUCCGGAGUGACAGUUGACUGGUUCUUGCGCAUAAAUUGGAACGAGACAACAGCAACCGAGACAGUAAAACCAACGGCAUAGAUCAUCAAAAUUUAUAUUGCGUGAACGGGUGCGGCCAUUACAGACACAGUCCAAAAUUAAGACAUUUAAUAUUCAAUAUUUCAUAGAGCCUUGCUGUGUGAACGUGUCUUAAUACGCGACAAUUUCAUAAAUCCGAAAAUCCAUUAGAAAAACUUUAACUGGUCCCGGUAUCCAUUUGGGUGACGUGUGACUGUUGUAACGUUUGAAUACCGAAAAUCCCGACAAAACUAAUCCAUAGAAAAGGAUUCAAAUUUUGGAUUGUGUUUUUUGCGUGUGUGUGUCGGUAAUUAGUUGUCUGGCAAGUCGGUCAUGGGGGAUCCCAGCGGUGGUCCCAUUGAGGAAAAUGGUGGACAGAACGGUGAUAAUACGGAACCAUCCAGUCUCGUUGGAAUGGGACCACCGAGCCCAUUGACUGGAAGUUAUCUGUUGAUAAUCAUUGGCGAACCGCAUUCGGCCGAGCAUAAGGAUAUCAUCUUGCAGCGGCUUGUCAAAGGUUUGCUAUCUUGGGACUCCGUACAAACUCACGUCGAUUUGGAAGACGAGCUGAACACUAUUACAGUGCAUGCACCGGAAGGAGAAGAUGCCAGACAUGGUGAACGUCUAAUUCAAUAUGCCAGUGAAAAUUUAGUUACGGAAAUAUUAAUUCAUCCACAAUACAAUACUCUAAUACAAUGUAUGCGGAAUCUAUUAAGCAGCUUCACUAGGCAUAGACACAUUAUUCAUGCUGGAUAUACAUUUUCCGGAAAUGGAUCGUGGAUCUUACAGGAUGGCACAUUUUCUGUUUCGGAUUUUGCUGAAGCCUUUCAAGAACAUGACGUUCAACGAGUGUUGCGUGCCUAUCCAGAUACCGUUUCGAUGGACAUCCAUUGCGAUUCAUCGGCUGGACUCUGGAAUGUAUUGCCUGAUAAGAAUUAUGCUAAGACUUGUAAGAUUCGCAUCAAUCCGGUGGAUGUGUUGGAGUCGGGAAGUGAUCGGAUCAAAGCUUUUAUUGACUAUUUGGCGCCAAUGCUUAACCCUGCCAAUUUAAACGAUUUGUUGGAAAGUUCAGACGUUGUUGGCAAUAUUCGUUUCUCUCAUCCAACAUUGUACGUUUUUCCGGGUGGACAGGGUGAUGCUGCACUGUUCGGAAUAAAUGGAUUCAAUAUGCUGGUCGACGGUGGAUUCAAUCGGAAAGCAUGUUUUUGGAAUUUCGCCCGACAUUUGGAUCGUUUAGAUGCAGUUUUGAUGACUCGUAUCAACAAUAGCAAUAUUCAAGGCAUCGGUUCAGUGAUUGAACGUAAAGCUAGUUCACAUGUCUAUCCAGGCAUUGGCCAUUUCUUUUGCAACAUACCGGAACGUAGAGCCAUAUCAAGUCCCGAGGAGAAUAAAGACAAGGAUUCGCUGGUCAUUGAUCUGUUCGACAAAGGUCAGAAGCUGGUUUCCAAUCUGAAAUCCAUUAGCCUAAAGCCACAAAUGUGUUACCGCGAUGUUGAGCCGAUGAAUCUCUACCAUAAAGUUGGACACGGUACGCUUGACAUGUAUGUUAUCAGUCCAGGAAAAGAUUCGCGAGAGGUAAAAGAAUUUAUGCAAAAAUGGACGACCAACGAUCAGAAACUGUUCACGGCCAAGGACACCAAAGAUUUCCAAUUUCCACUACAAAAUCUGGUCUCAAUUUGUGCGCUGCUGGUGUGGCAACCGGCCAAUCCAGAAGAGACAAUUACCCGAAUACUGUUUCCGGGCAGCACACCGGAUUAUAAGAUAAUGGAAGGACUUGAAAAGAUCAAACAUCUCGAAUUUAUGAAAUAUCCCAUGUGCACAGCCAAAAAACUUGUUCCUAGCAUAUCAACUGCAACCAUAACGAAAAAAGUUCUAAAAUCGGCUAUCAAUGAAAAGUCUAUACCCGAGCCAAUCCUUCCGUCCAAGACGACCAAAUCUGAGAAGGACAACCAAGUCAUUGAUAAUAAAGUAAAAACCAAUCAAGACAACAGAGCCAAAGAAUCGAAAUUGAUCGAAGAGCAGACUGCUGACAAGAAAGCUCCGAUCAAAGCCAGACCAAAGAAAGUUAUACCGAAAAAGACCGACUCAUUGGACGAGAAACAGAAGGACGAUGUGAUUGAAAAUAAAGAGAAAGAUGACGAAACGAUCGAUAAACCACAGGUUGUGAUCAACGGAACUGAUAUUACAGAAACGGAACAGAAAGAUGAGACUGAUGUAACAGCAAAACCGAAGAAAAUUGAACCAAAGUCGAAAACUGAUACCAAAGUGACCGUUAAGUCACGAAUUGAUUCAAGGCCACCAAAAUCAAUGGACAAGAAAGUUGUUAAACGAGACGCUUCCGAAAAGAAGGAGGUUGGUAAACAAAGUCCCACGACAACGCCAAAGAAAACUUCCAGUGAUCCGAAACUAGCAAAUGGUGUACCGAAAGAGAAGGAAGUCAAACCAAGAAUUGUAAGCAGAGUGACAAAGUCAAGCCCGAGUAGUACACCAGCUAAGAGCACCAAAGAAGCAAACAAUCGCAAAGUGCUCGAAUCCAAGCAAAAGGCCAAGACUGUCAAGCGUGAAGUUGUGAAAACAAUUGAAAAGAAAGAAGAAAAAGUCGAGCGAAAGCCAAUUUCUCAUCGAACCAAAGGUAUUUCUCCAUCACGUCGCCCACCUGAUAGUCCAAAGAAAUCCAUUAAACCGAAGACGGAGAAAGAUAACAUCAUCCGGAAGGCUAAAUUGGAUAAAGGGGGAACCACUGAUUCCAGUUUGGUGUCAACGCCGAGUGCUGAUGAUACAUUAGCUAAAAAACUGGUAGAUGUUGCCAUCGUCGACGAUGUCGCUAAGCAACGAGAAUUAGACGAGCUGAAGGAAGAACAGGAAGCUGUUAGAGAAAUCGAAGAAGUAUUCAAACGUGAGGAAAAAUCAAAGAAGAAAGACGUGUCAGCUGAUCAUCGUGAGGUGGCCAUACAGGACAGCGCGACGGAAGCGGAAGAUGAUGAAGAGUAUCUAAUUAUCGAGAAGGAGGAAGUGGAACAGUACACGGAAGAUUCAAUCAAUGAACAAGAGAGCAGCAUGGCAAAGGAAGAAGAAAUGCAAAAACAUCAACGAGAUUCGCAGGAAUCGGAAAAGAAACGCAAAUCAAGUCUGCAGACUACAGAAGAAGAAAUUGAACCAAAGGAUGGAACUGAAGGUGAAGCAAAUGCCGCCGAGGAAGAUGGUGAUCAAGUUGAAGUCGUUGAACAAGAUAAAGAUGGUGACGACGUUCAACCGGAUUCGAUUGAGGAUGCAGCAGCUGUUAAUAAACUUGAGCCAGCAGAAGAAGAACAUAUCAAAGAAGAGGUUCAAGAGAUCAUCACUUCAGCAAAAGAAAUUGCUAAAAUCAAAUCAGAAUCGAAGGAAGAAGUGGCUAAAACCGAAGAGAUGUCCUCACCUACACCGGAGGAAAAAUUGAGCAGCACGAAGAAAACAAGUGACACCAAAGAUGAUUUGGUCCAGCCAGCAAAAGACGGUGAAGCGCCAAAUCUUCCAGAAAGCCAGCCAUUUUCAACAACGAUUGAAUCCGGGGCGACUACUGCUCCAACACUUCCUGAAGAUGAACGAAUUCCUUUGGAUGAAAUUAAGGAAGAUCUAGUCGUUGAGGAGAAGUACAUCAAAGAAGAAACAAAAGAAGCGAAGGAACCUGAAGCUCCCGUCAGUACAGUAUUGCAGAAAACCUAUGAACCGCUUGAACGUGCUGUACCAUCAAAAAUGCACUUUGACACAACGCAGCCCCAUUUGAGAGAUAUUGUAAAGACUCCAGACGAGGUUGCUGAUCUGCCUGUUCACGAGGAAGCCGACAUUGAAACGUAUGAAGGUUCGGAGGAAGCUAAAGACGACAAAAAAGCAGCAACCGAGAAGAAACCGAGUGAAACCACUAAGGAAGGAGAAACUGAAGUCGUUGGUACCGCAGAAGUGGAUCAUAAAAUGAAAAUUCCUAAUGGAUCCGUUGUCAACAAGGUAGAAAAUGAAAAAUUGGAACAGGAUUUAAUUGAGGAAGAAAAGAACAAAGAAGAGCAUGCUGCAGAGGAGAAAGAAGAAGACCAAGCUUCAAAGCCUGAAGAUGACAAACCCAUUUUCGACAAAAAGCCAGAAAUCACCGGAUUUAAAGAGAAGGACUCAACAAUGGCGAAAAAGGUAGAAUAUGCUGUCGAAGACCUAGGCAAAAAUUUCGAAACGAAAUUAAAGGACGUUACCCAGAAAGAGGAUAAAUCGCAAAGUGAAAAAGUGAAAGAAAUUGUUGCUAAGGAUAGUGAUAUUCAGCAGCAAGCCGACGAAACUACAGAAACAGACGUUCAGGUCGGUAAAGAAGACGAAAAACAAUCCCAAGAUGGCGCUGCUGAAGAACCAGAAUCAUUACCAAAAGAUGAUAUCAAAGACUUCGUCGAUCGAGCAGUUUCAGGUGUUUCUUCGUUCAUAGAGAGUACAUCGAAGGCUAUCACUGAUAAAGUUGAGUCAUUGGUUGAAUCUGCUAUUAUUGGUGGAGAGACCGAAACUGAAUCGAAAGAAAUUGCUGUCGAUAAAGAAGAAUUCAAGGAAGUGUUCGACUACAGUCAUCCUUACGGAUUGAAAACAUUCCCAACCGAACUACGCGAAACACACAUAACAACUCUAGAUUCACCAGUUGCUGAAAAAGACAAGAUCAUCGACUUGAAAAUACUUGACAAACUACCAGAAGCCAUUGACGAGGAUCACGAUGAGAUAAUUGCCAAAAGCAUGGUUCCACCGUUUCAUCCAGACGACUUUAAGUAUGCAUCGUUCGAACGAGACGAUUCGAAUUUGAAAGACAUUAAAGAAGAGGAGGAAGAAGAUCGUUCUACACCACCCAGUAACGAACAAAUUGCGUCGCGAAAAGAGUCAACAGAAAUCUCGGAUCUUACCAAUAAAGACACAAUCACCGUUGUCGGUUUGGAUGAACAACCUCCACGAGCAGUUUCCCCACGCGAAGAAGAAGUCUUAAAGAUUGUCGCAAAUGUGGCGGAGGUCCUCAAAUCCGAAAAGGAUAUCGCGGAAAUUAUUCCCGACUUCAGUGAGGAAGAAUUGGAGAGGAAACUUCGUGGAGCAAGUCCAAGACUUGACGAUGAGAACGCAACCGUUCAACGAAUGCUAGUAACCACCAGCAGUGAAGAUGGAGGUGAAGAGAUCGAAAUUUGCCCCGAGGGAACAAUUAAAUUUAGUCCCGCGUGCACUACUCCGGACGUUUUAUCUGGCAAAGCCACUCCCGACAUUCCUAAAGAUGUGGCUGAUGUUAAAUCAGAACGCGAUGGAAAGGAAGGCUUGGAAAUUAAUUUGGAGAAACAAGUGGAAAAGGAUGAGAAGCAAACGUCAGACCCAUCGACUCCAGAAGCAAAAACGUCAUCAAUUUCAAUCGACGAAAAAGAAAAACAUGAAAUACCAGAAAAGGCUCAAGUUGACGCCAAGACAGAGAAAGUUCCCGAAAUAGUCGCUGAUAAAUCCAUCGACGAAUCGACUUCACGAAAGGAGUCUGUAGUCAGUGAUUUCAUUGACGAUGUCUCGGAUCGCCGUGAAUCUGCUUUCAGUGAAAAAGAUUUUACUAAAGACGAAAGCUCAAUUGAUGGAUCUCGACCACCUUCGUCAAUAAGUAAUAAUUUGAAAGUUGAAAAAGAUGAAGACGAAGUUACCAUUAAAACCGACAUUGUUGUCGAUCAAUCAUCUGAAAUGAAAUCGGUCGUUGGCAAAGAAGAAAAACCGAAAGGUGAUGAAAAGUCACCCACUUUGAGUGAUCUCAAAGUAGAAGUGAGUGAUGAAAGACGUGAAUCUGCAGCUAGUCACGUCAGUGACAAGUCAGGCAUCGAAAUAUCCAGACCUGAUUCAAUAAUUAGUCACUUUAGUGACAGAUCGGAGCCAGAACUGAAGGAGAAACUUGGCUCGUCACCAGAUUCAAUAACAAGCCUUGAUAAGGCUAUGGCUUUUAUGAAAAGCACCGACUCCAAUCUACCAAGUACUGGAACAGAAAAAUUGUCUGUUUCGAGACCAGAAUCAGCUGCAAGUCAUACUAGUGACGCUGAUAAAACCGAAGAACUGGAUACAGUACGAGGUUCAUCUGUAACAAGUCCGAAAAGCGAAUCAGUGGAAGAAGCCAGUAAGAAGUCCGUGAUCCAAACCUCAAAAUCCAAAACUCAUGAGGAUGAUGUCACAAGUGAAAACCAAAAAGAAAAGGAAUCUCGUCCACUAUCUGCAGUUAGUCAUGUGAGUGAUGACGCGAAAAAUGCCAAGCCCGAAACCACUUCAUCGUCUCCAGCAAUUUCUAAAGAAGAAGGAAGCUCUUCAAAACCACCUUCAGUUGCUGAUGAUAAAUUAGAUGUGAAUGACGGAACAUCAAUACCACCAUCUAGUGCCAGCUGUGUCAGUGAUAAAGAGGAUAAAAAAAUUGCCGAACAUUCUCGUCCAGCAUCUGUGGCAAGUUCCAAGGGCGCAGAAGACGAACCGAAGGAUCAGAUCGACAUUUUAGGUGAGAAAGAAAACGUAUCUCGCCCUGCUUCUGCAAUUGAUGAUAAGAACGUACACAAGGAAUCUCGACCAGAAUCAGUAGCAAGUUCCAAAGGCGAGCAAGAGGCAGUGAAAGAUAAAACAACUGAUGACCAAGAAGAAGAAUCUCGUCCUGCUUCUGACAAUAAAGAAAUACAGAAAGAUUCUCGACCAGAGUCUGUCACUAGUUCGAAGGAUGGACAAGUAACACCGAAGGGUAUUUCCGGUGAUAAGGAAUCUCGACCUGUUUCUGCAGCUGAACAUAAAGGUUCUCGUCCAGAAUCGGUAGCAAGUUCCAAGGAUCUAAUAGGGGCAUCGAAAGACGAAAUUUCCGCUGAGUCUCGACCCUCUUCUAUAGUAGGAGAUAAAGAUGAACACAAAGAUUCUCGUCCAGCGUCUGCAACAAGUUUAAAAGAUGGACAAGCAACACCGAAAGAUCAAACUGACAUUUCCAGUGAUAAAGAAUCUCGUCCGCCUUCUGCAGUAGUUGAUCAAGAAGUACAUAAAGAUUCUCGUCCUCAGUCUGUAACAAGUUCUAAAGAUGGGCAAGAAACGCCGAAAGAUAUAUCAGGUGAUAAGGAAUCUCGACCUACUUCUGCAGUUGAGAAAGAAGACCACAAAGAUUCUCGUCCAGAAUCGGUAGCAAGUUCCAAGGAUGAAAAAGAAAAAGAAUCACGUCCUCCUUCAGCAGUAGUUGAUCAAGAAGUACAUAAAGAUUCUCGCCCUCAGUCUGUAACAAGUUCCAAGGAUGGACAAGCAACACCGAAAGAUGUUUCCAGUGAGAAGGAAUCUCGUCCUACUUCUGCAGUUGACAAAGAAGAACCUAAAGAUUCUCGUCCAGAAUCUGUAGCAAGUUCCAAGGAUGAAACACGAGCACCGAAAGAAGAAGUUUCCGCUGAGAAAGAAAAUGAGUCUCGUCCUCCUUCUGCAGUAGUUGAUGAAGAAGUACAUAAAGAUUCUAGUCCUGAGUCUGUAGCAAGCUCGAAAGAUGGACAAGCAACGCCGAAAGAUGUUUCUGGUGAUAAGGAAUCUCGUCCUACUUCUGCAGUUGACCGAGAAGCACCUAAAGAUUCUCGUCCAGAAUCGGUAGCAAGUUCCAAGGAUGGAAAAGAAAAGGAGUCUCGUCCUCCUUCUGCAGUAGUUGAUGAAGAAGUACAUAAAGAUUCUCGCCAUGAGUCUGCAGCAAGCUCCAAAGAUGGGCUAGCAACGCCUAAAGAUGUUUCCGGUGAUAAGGAAUCUCGUCCUACUUCUGCAGUAGAGAAGGAAGCACCUAAAGAUUCUCGUCCAGAAUCUGCAGCAAGCUCCAAGGAUGAAAUAGGAGCACUGAAAGAAGAAGUUUCCGCUGAGAAAGAUGAACACAAGGACUCUCGUCCAGAGUCUGUGUCAAGUUCAAAGGAUGGACAAGCUGCACCGAAAGAUCAAACUGAUAUUUCUAGUGAGAAAGAAAAGGAGUCGCGUCCUCCUUCUGCAGUUGGAGAUAAAGGUGAACAUAAGGAUUCUCGUCCCGAGUCUGUGGCAAGUUCAAAGGAAGGACAAGCUACACCGAAAGAUCAAACUGAUAUUUCAAGUGAGAAAGGAAAGGAGUCGAGACCUCCUUCUACAGUUGGAGAUAAAGAUGAACAAAAGGGAUCUCGUCCCGAGUCUGCAGCAAGUUCAAAGGAAGGACAAGCUACACCGAAAGAUCAAACUGAUAUUUCUACUGAGAAAGAACUUGAUAUUUCCGGUGAAAAAGGAAAGGAAUCCCGUCCUGUUUCUGCAUUAGAUGAUGAAGAAAUACAGAAAGAUUCUCGUCCAGAAUCAGUGGCCAGUUCAAAAGGCGAACGAGAAGUACUCAAAGAAAAACCCGACGAAAGAAAGGAGUCUCGACCUCCUUCUGCGAUUGACAAUAUAGAAAUACAAAAAGAUUCACGACCAGAAUCUGUAGCAAGUUCUAAAGAUGGACAGGUAGCACCGAACGAGCAAACUGACGUUUCCGGUGAGAAACAACAAGAAUCUCGUCCUCCUUCUGCAGUUGAUAAAGAACACAAAGUUUCUCGCCCAGAAUCGGUAGCAAGCUCCAAGGAAGAAAAAGCAGCACCAAAAGAAGAAACUUCGACCGAAAAAGAAAAGGAGUCUCGUCCUCCUUCUGCAGUUGGAGAUAAAGAUUCACACAAGGAUUCUCGUCCUGAGUCUGUGGCAAGUUCAAAGGAUGAAAUUUUAGUGACAAAAUCAACCGUCAGUCCACAACCGAUAAAUGUUUCAAGUGAUUCGCGACCACUGUCAGCUGCAAGCAAUGCUAGUGAAAAAGAUAUAACUGCUGUUGCAGAAGCCAGCCGACCAGACUCAGUGAUGACCUCGAAAUCUAAUGAAAUUCAAAAAGAAUCACGACCACAAUCGGCUGCCAGCCACACUAGCGACAAGGAACAAUCUCAACAUGAGUCUGUAACAUGCUUGAAAACGACCUACGAAAAGGUUGAAUCAGUUGUCGAAGUAAAAUCAGAACAUAUGGUAAAAGAAGUGAUUACCGAUAAGAACGUAAAAGAUACCCGUUCUCCAUCAAUUGCCAGUAGUGUGGGAGGGGAAAAGGAGAAGGAUGCUUCUCGAUCUCCAUCUGUAACCAGUCGUGACAGCGAUAAACAAGAAAUCAAAGAACAAACCAUCGAUUCACGUCCAUUAUCUGCUGCCAGCACUAAAGACGAAAAAGAGUCAGCACGACCUGAGUCAGUGUUGAGCGAUAAACUGGCACCAGAGAAUAUUUCUCGACCAGCUUCAGUUGCUAGUAGUGUCGGCGAUAAUGAAGAAAACAAAGUAACUAAGGACACAGCACAUGAUUCGCGUGCUUCAUCAAGAGCUAGUUUCAGGGACGAUAAAGAACAAACCCGACCACAAUCAGCAGUAAGUGAAAAAUCAAUAGACCGUCAGAAAACUGAUUCUCGUCCUCCAUCAGUAGCAAGUUUUACAAGUGAUAAAAUUGAAGCAAAAGAAGCUGAUAACGUUAGCGAUAAAGCUGUAGAACUGGAUUUGCGUCCACCUUCUGCAACCAGUUGCAAGAGUGAUAAAGAAACUACUUGCGCAGAAUCCGACGAUAAAGUGAAGGAUUCUCGUUCAGCAUCAGGAAUCAGCUCGACCGAUGUAAAGGACGUAAAACUACCGAAAGAGAAAGAUGACUCUCGGCCACCUUCGACUGCUAGUCAUGUGAGCCAAUUAAGCGAUAAACCAGGAAAUACAGAAGCUAAAGAAACCUCACGUCCUGCAUCAGUAGCCAGUUCAAAGGAUAACAAAGACGCGGCAAGGCCAGAAUCAGUUUUAAGUGACAAACUUGAACAGGAGGAGGUGAAAACUUCUCGUCCACCGUCUUCUGCGAGCCACAUCAGUGACAAAGUAGAACUUAAAGAAACAAAAGAAAGUUCACGGCCAGCAUCUGUUGCCAGUUCCAAAGACAACAAAGAUGUGACUCGACCAGAGUCAGUUUUAAGUGACAAACUUGAACAUGAGGAGGUGAAAAUUUCUCGUCCACCGUCUUCUGCAAGCCACAUCAGUGACAAAGUAGAACUUAAAGAAACAAAAGAAAGUUCACGGCCAGCAUCUGUUGCCAGUUCCAAAGACAACAAAGAUGUAACUCGACCAGAGUCAGUUUUAAGUGACAAACUUGAACAAGAGGAGGUGAAAACGUCUCGUCCUCCGUCUUCUGCAAGUCACAUCAGUGACAAAGUAGAUUUUAAAGAAACAAAAGAAAGUUCACGGCCAGCAUCUGUUGCCAGUUCCAAAGACGAAAAAGAUGUGACUCGGCCAGAAUCAGUUCUUAGUGAAAAACUUGAACAAGAACAAGUCAAAGGCUCUCGUCCUCCCUCAUCAGCGAGUCAUAUCAGCGACAAAGCAGUGUCUAAUGAAGCGAAAGAAAGCUCACGUCCAUCGUCUGUAGCCAGUUCUAAGGAACAGAAGGUCGCAACACCGCCAGAGUCAGUAAGCGGCAAAGAUUCUCGUCCUCCUUCAGCCGCGAGUCAUGUCAGCGAUAAAGUUGAAGUUAAAGAAAUCGAUCAAGAUUCACGCCCAGCAUCGAAAGCCAGUGUCGAGGAUGGCAAAGACACAUUAAGUGAGAAAUCUAAACCUGAACACGAACAAGUCAAAGAUUCUCGUCCACCGUCUGCAGCAAGUGAUGGCAAGCAAAUUGAUGGAACUCGGUCUCCGUCCGUUGCUAGUCAUGCCAGUGACAAAAUUGAAACCAAACAGUCAGAAGAGGAGAAGGAUUCACGUUCACCUUCAGUUGUAAGUCACAUCAGUGAUAAACCAGAAGUUCAUGAAGUGAAACCAGAUUCACGUUCACCUUCUUCUGCAAGCAGUGUUAAGGACGGUAAAUCUACUAGACCAGAAUCGGCUGGAAGUGACAAAUCCAUUAAAGAGGAAAAGAGUGAUUCUCGACCGCUGUCUGCUCAGAGUAAUGUAACUGAGAACGCAGAAGUUAAAUUGGAAGAAACAACGAAAGAAUCCCGAUCACAGUCGAUUGCUAGUCGUAUUAGCGACACGGUCGAAAUUGAAGAAAAAGUUGAUAAAGUGGAAAUAACUGAAUUACAGAAAUCGUCUCGGCCAUCAUCGGUUGUUAGCCAUGUAAGCGAAAAAGAAGAAGUCGAAAAAGAAUCUGCCAAAGAUUCCCCUGAACUACCCAUCGCUGCAAAAGACUCCCGAUCAGGUUCUGCAGUAAGUCAAGGACCAGAAGAUAUAUCACGUCCGGAAUCAGGACUAAGUGGAAAAGACGGAAAAUCAAAGGACUCGCGUCCUCCAUCAGUUAAUCUCAGCGAUAAAAUCGAAAAAGACACUAAAGACGAGGAAUUGUCACGACCUCAUUCACAAUCUAGCUCAGCACCAGAAGAGCCUAAAGAAUCAUCAACUGCUGAUUCAGGAGUUCAUCGGAGCAAUUCUGUUGUUAGUCACCAAUCAGAUGCUUUGAACAAAGAUUCACGGCCUACGUCGUCCUUAAGUCAUGACGAAAAUGCCAAAGAAGUUAAGAUAUCUCGCCCAGGUUCAGCUGCCAGCAAUAUAAGUAACAAGGAGGUAGUAUCAUCCAACGACAACGAUUCGGCUGCAGUUCAACCCGAAAAGCAGUCAAGACCACAAUCUUCCACUAGCAGCAAGCACGGUGAUGAUUUCCCGAGACCUGAUUCAGUCGCCAGUGGUGUUGGUGAUGACGCGCAUAGACCGUUAUCGGUAAGCAGUCAUAGAAGUGAAGAUGAGCAACAGAUUUCACGGCCUGCGUCAGCUGCCAGUAAUGAAAGUGACAUAGAAAAUUCGCAGAAAAUUGUCGAAGAUCUCACAAAAGCCAUCGAUAGAAAGCCAAGUCAGUCCGAGCAAUUACCCGCGGAUCUAGUACAAAAACCAAAGGACUCGAGAUCCGCCUCGGUUGUGAGCACAAUGAGUGAUGCACAUGACAAGGACAUUCAUUUAUCUCGCCCGGGCUCCGUUGCCAGUCAUGUGAGUGAAAAAGAUUCCAAUCAAAGACCAGGAUCAGCAACUAGUCAAUUAAGCGAGUCAAGGAGUCCGUCACGCAGAGAGUCUGCUGUAGAACGGUGUAGUGUUGACGACGUUGAAAUGGAAGUCAAAGUGAAGGAUGCACGCUCAAAGUCGGUUUCUUCCAUUAUGAUAACCAGUAUGUACAAGCCAGACGGAUUCGAACCGAUGGCAACAUUCGAAGAACACGGCGAGCAAACAAAGGAUGACAGUAUGAUUGGAAGUACGUCACGUAAGGCUAGCGAUAUAACUGAUUUGAUCGAUGAUGUGAAGAAAAUCGAUGCGAAAUUAACGUCGUCCAGUGUCGUUGAAUGCAAGGUGGAGAGCAGUUCGUCAGCAUCGCCCGAAACUGAACUUUCAGAUAAAAUAUCCACCGAGACAAUACUCAGUGGAAAAUCGUCACCAUCUGAAUCCAAAUCAAAUGUGAAACCAUCCGAAUCUAUGCCGUGCUCGUCACUGGAUGCACCGAAAUCUGGUGCAGAGAGCUUGUCUGGAAAGAGUACACCUGACGUCGCUGAUAUUGAAAAGAAAAUACUGGAAGAAACGACAACGCACCAGAGUCAAACUAGCAAACAAACUGAUGCCACAGAAGACCAUGAUUUCGACCAUAUCAGCAUAACCGAAAAAGUGUCCAAGACAAUUGAAGUCACAACUGCGGUGUUAACAGAAAUUCAGUCAACCUCAAAAUCUUCGGAAUCACACACAACAACCACAACAAGCUCUAGUGAAACACAAUCUGAAUCUGUGAUCAAGGACGGAGCCGUAAACAAAGAUGUUGUCACCACAAUAAAAACAGAAUUCCGCAGCUACACACCAAGCAGCGACGAUUUUGAUAUCCAUGAAACAAAUUCACCCCGUUCCGAUGUAAGUGCUGGUCAUAUUGCCCGAGUCGUGUGUGGAUGGACUGGAAGCGAUGAUGAUAUAACCAAUUCACCAUUAAGCACAACCUCACAAGCACCAUGCUCGCCACCGUCAAAAUUCACUUAUGAAACCGAAUAUGAACUCCAGAGAUCCAGUUCGGGAGUCAGCAAGAAAUCCGAGUUCGAUAUUGACGACAGUCAAGAUGAUGUACCGCCAGAAUAUGGAAGUGAAGAGGUCGCUUCUGCUAUUCCCAUUCCUCUUUCCGCAUACAAAACGGAUCCGAUGAAGACGUCGGUUUAUGGCAAAUUACCGGAAUCGGAACCAAUUCCAAUCACAACCACAAUAAGGACUGUAAUCACCAAACAAUAUGACGAAUAUGCGUCGUCUGGACCGGACUCGAGUAGCUGUGUCUCACAAGAAUCUGCGAGAUCGUCCAGUGAUCACCGAUUUUUGGAUGAAGCAGACUUAGAUUUUGAAAAAGCAUUGGAGGAGCACCGCCAAGUUCGCGGCUCCGAUGUUAUGUCGUCAGUGACAUCAAAAUAUGAAUUUUCACCAUCAAAGGAACCACUUGAAAGUGGAAAAUCUGCAGAGUUUCCACUAAGCGGCGUGCAGAAAGGUAAAUCAUUCGAUGCCAAGCCAGAUCAACCAUCCACCUCCGAAGUGCAAACAAAAACCGAAGAAGAAAUUCUGAAGGAAGAGGUGGAAGCGCGAGUAUUGUCAUGGGGUAAACCGUUGGGUCUUCCAUCACCGCUGCCGGUCGAAAACCAAACGACACCGAAGCGAGAACGUAAACUGAUGAUCAGUAAAACGAAAAUGAACAACGAAAAGAAUCUGAGAAAGCGAUCAGAGUCGCCAAUCAAGGGAAAGAAAGUGACUCCGAUCUACAUGGAUCUAACGUACGUGCCACACAACGGCAAUUCGUACUAUUCGCAUGUGGAAUUCUUCAAACGCAUCCGGGCUAGGUAUUAUGUAUUCUCUGGCACGGAGCCCAGUCGAGACGUUUACAAUGCAUUGCUGGAAGCCAAACAAACUUGGGAGGAUAAGGAAUUAGAGGUGACAAUCAUUCCCACAUACGACACCGAUGUGUUGGGCUAUUGGGUGUCGGAAAAUGAAGAUCUUCUAGCUAAAUAUCGCAUUGAUCUAUCACCAUCAGCAUCACGGUGCACCAUUAAUUUACAGGAUCACGAAACGUCUUGUUCAGCGUAUCGACUGGAAUUCUAGGUAGCCGGAUUAUUUAUAGAAUUUUCAUCAAACUGAUGGAGCACAGACAUCACACAGCAAAAAAAUGCUUCGGUUUAUUUUAUAAAUUAUUCAAAAAUUGAUUGUGUAACGGUUCUUGGUCGGAUGUUUGUUUAAAAGAAAAACAGAAAAAAAUUUCUCUUAGAAUAAUUGGAUGAAUUUGAUAAAUUACUGGGAACCGCAUGUUUGAACCAGAAGUGACUAAUUGGAAAGAAAUUGAUUCUAUUAAAUAAAUUUGAAAAAUUGGGCGGGAAAUUUGAAAUGUUGACGGUUCCAAAAAUGAAACGAAAAAUUUAUUGCAAAUCUUACCUGAAAAAUGUGAGUACAAUUUAGCAAAAUAUUUAUUAUUGUACCUAUAACGGCUUAUCAAAAUCAAUUCGUAACAAUAAAUUUUGUUUCCAACUGAUUUCGCUGUGAACACGAAACAAUUGGAAUUUUCGAUUAUUCUGUCUCUUCACACAGACAGCAUUGAUUCAAUCAGAUUGCUUUUACAAAGACGAAAGAAAAUUUUUGUUGAGAAAAAUUCAAAAUUAAAAUUCGGUUCACACUAUUUGGUGUUAUCUGGUCCGCAGCAUCUUUAACUACAAAGCUCUAGCAAUACCAGUUUCAUUCGUGCAGUAAAAUGGAACAGUGCUGGCCGAUGAUGCUUGUUUUGUUAAUCGUAAGAAAAAUUAAACGAACGAACAUAAUGUUAUUAGCAUGGAGUUCGUGCAGAAAUUCCAAGCAAAUGCAAAGCACAGCUCAACUGCACGAAAGCAACGACAAAACGGUGUAACUAUGUAUCUUAAGAGUACUGUUUCGGAAAACGGAACUAUUUUACCGAAUAUCUCAGGUAUCCUGAUACCCUGUCAGAUCAGGCCUCGGGUUAUUCAAUUUCGGGACGAAUAAGGUUCUAUGUAAAUUCAGGUCACGUCAGAUCAGAUAAUGUCAGGUUGGCAGUGGCAGGUAUUUUAGACCAGGUGUCAGCAGAGCCUGAGCCUUUAGGACGUCGAAUGACGAAAAUUUUUAAAUGGUCUAUUGGUCAUACAAAAAAUCAUAAAGCCCUUUGGCUAUCGCCAAAAUGCCCAUCGACCUAACUUGAACUUUAGCAAGAAUUUUAUCCCGUGUGACAAUAUCGUUCAUAUACUCAUUAUAGUUCAACAAGGCAUCACAAGGUUUCGCUGUAUUAAAAGAAGGAGUCCUUGUGAUGACAGCUGCUGUCAUUUUGACAGUUGCUGAUGCUUUGUAUGUUGAAGAUGCUUCGUUCGAGCUGGAAAAGCUCACAAAGACAAAGAAAAUACCAAACUAAGAAAAAUUGUUACAAUAAACUAGGAGCUCCUGAAUUUUGGUGUCGUUUCGUUUAAUCCAAUCAAAUAGAAACAACAAUAAACAACAUUGCAUUGAUAAAAGCAAAUGAUUGUGAAAAGAAAAAACAAUUAAAAAGUAACUUCAGUCACAAAUAUUUUUAUACCAAUUAAGCUGUUGAAAGUAUGAAAUUAAAACAAAUGAAAGAGAGAAACUCUAAUUAAAAUUAGACAUUUUACUAAUAUAAAAUUAUAUUUGCACACCUACACACACACAGAAAAAAAAGAAACCAAAAUAUUACCAGAACUAAAAUGCCAUUUUUAUUAUACUAAAACUUAUAAAAUUGUGAAGAAAAUUAAAUUUAAAAAAAAAUAUUUAAAUGUUCAUCCAUAUUAAACGUAUGCUAUGUAUAUAAAUACCAGAGAAACUCUGAAUGCGGCACCUCUCAGGAGACGCCGCUCAUCAUUUCUUUGAUGGGUAUAUGCAUGGUGUACACGAAAAAAAGGUUUUCAUUAUAUUUGAUUGUUACAUUUAUUAUACACACACAGAAAACACGUCAUCAUCAGACUAUUAAAUAGAAAAUGAAAAUAAUUAAAAACUAAUAAAUGGAACAGUCCGGUAAAUUUAAAUGUUAAAAUUAUCCAGCCAUUUUAAAAACAUAUUUACAUUAUGCCAAUAAAAUAAAGAAAAAGAAAAUGGAAAUUACAACCGCAAACUAAAUAAUUAUACACAGUAACAAAUAUGCCACAAUGAACGCCAUCUAUCCAUGUUCAUUGGACAAAUUCCGAUGAUAAACGAUGAAUCGUUUUUUAGUAAGGAAAUAUUUCCCCAAGGGAAAAUUUCUUGUUCGUUUUUUGCAACGAGAUGAAAAACUUUUUUACUUUCUAACAUAUUUUGGAUUUCACUCAAUCAAUAGAGAGUCAAAAUUGAUGCCCAGUAUACAGUACUCAAGGAAAUGCCCCAUGUCUGUCUAAUUUUCAAGCUCAAGAAGUGUUAAAAAAUUGCAGAUGGCGCUCCAGAUUAACGUCGUACCAUGUACAGUACAGUACAUGGAAACCUCUUAAUAGCUUCUAACAGUAGUUCCAAGGUCUUACAUGAUGAUGCUACUAUCCAUUAGGCUAAAAAAAAAAUCGUGUUUGGUAAGUUGUUAAGUCUAGACAUACCUGACAGGUGUAACAACUUAAAGAAUCCCAACGAUCUACUGUACAAUUUGAUUUUAUAGAGCAUGGAUUUCAGGACUAUGUCAGUACUGUCACUGAUUGACAAUGUAGGCAAGUCGGUUUUCUGUCACUUCAUUAUAACAAUAAUUUCAUGGACAACGUGACAGAAAAUCUGUUAGCAAUUGACUGACUUUGAUUUAAUUUUGAAGCUGAUAAUACCGACUACCGCUGAUUUUUACGGGAGUGACAGGAUCCCGAUUACUGCAAAAACCUUCCCUAUGCGUACUCUAGCGCAGCGAAGCAUUGAAUCAAUAAUUAGCAUUUCUCCACAUUUGAGCUGUGUACUGGGCCUUAUAAGGAAAACGUCUUUACGUUUGAAUCGGAACACUUAGUAAAUAACCACUGCGAGAUUAAGACCACAAAAUAUAAAAGAACUAAAAAUGUCCAUUUGAAAUGACAUUGCGUCCGAUAUCAUUUUUUGCAACUGUUGUAGAUCAAGUGGUUGAUGUUUCGCAGUGUUCAUGGAUUUUCUUUGAAAGUUUUUCUUUUUAAACUGCUUCAAAACGAAUUCAACAAGACAAAAAAAAAAAAAUUUAGGGGAUAAAAUUCUCAACAUUUCAUUACUUUCCAAGCGAAGCCCAUAGUUAUGGAUGUUUCGCUAUAAAAUAAUUUUUUUUUUAAUGAAAUGAAGAAACAAAACACAAAUCUGAAUCGAAUUUAAAAAUUUAAAAACAAAACUAUUGGUUGACAAAACAAGGAAGGAAUACAAUUCAUUGCACUUGUGUCGAUUUAUGUUUAUUUUUGUUUUAGUCGUUAUAACAGAAAACUAAACCAAAGUUAAAAAAUAAAUUUUAAAAAAAUUAAAAUUGUAGAACAUGUUGUCAGUUGUCACAUCAAAUUUUAUGAGAGAGUAAAUUUACUAACCCAAGCAAAAAAUCUAACUUCUUAUAAAUGUUUAUCCAAUAUAAACUCAAAGACGAAUCUUAUGGUUCCAUUCUUAUUUUCUAUAAAAAAGAUAAAGAAAAAAAUAGGAGAAAAAUAGAGAAGCUUGCGUUAAAAACCAAAUAGUUUCCAAAAAAAACAAUUCCUUUUGUAUUAAAAGUUUAAACAAAAAAAUAAUAAAAAAUGAAAAUUACAUUUCGUAGAAAAGAUACAAUUCAACAUUCAAAAUGGAAUUGUAAAUUUUAUUAUGAAAAGUGUUUAGAAGAGAGACUUAAAUUUAUUAGUUGUUAAUAUUAUACCGCUCACCAUUACAUAAUAUAUAUAAAAAUUUCUAAAUACUACACACACACACAUGCUGUUUAAUCAACAAAGAAAAAAAAUAUUUAAAAAAUCAACAAAAAAAAACCCGAGAUACAAAACCAUUAUAGACUUAUAAGCAUAAAUGUUAGAGUCAUUUGAUUAGGAUAUUUAUUGAAUUUGUAAAAUUAGUAAUAGAAAGGUUCAAUACCAGGUACCUUUUAAAAAGCAAACUUCUUUUAAACGAAUGAAAAAAUUCGGACAAAACUGGUGUCACCGCAUCAUACAAAGGAGAUUAUUAAAAGAAAAUUUAAAAAAAUUUUGGAUUUUAAAAACAUUUUGAACAAAUUUGAAAAUAAACAAAAAAUUGUGGAGCACGAAUAUCAGUUUCUAGAUGCAUUUAACAAAGAAAAAAAAAAUUAACAAAAAAUUGAAAAUAAUCAAAAUUCUGUCAUUUGUUUUGGCCUUUAUGUUUUCAGAAAACGAAGAAGAAGAAAAAUAUAACAAAAAUUCUAUUAAUGAAAAUUGAAAGUUAAAAACUAAAAUGAAAAAAAUUAAACAAAAAGAGAAAUGGUAUGUUUAAGUUGAGGAUUAUUUAUUGUGCAAAAACUUAAUGUCGCAACCAAAAUACUUAUUGUUGGCUAAUUUUAUGGAUAUUUUUUGCCUUUAAGUUAAAUUUAACCUCUAAAUUUAUGAGCAAUGAUAAAUGCUAAUACAAAGCUGUGACCAAAGAGGCAUUUUUUUAGAAAGAAAUAUCUUCGUUGAAUGCUUAAGCUAUCCUGUCCCAAAACGAUUUUUUUACUCAGCAACAAAAUUUAAAGGAAAUUUUUCAGUGCUAUGCGUCCCUCUUGUACAGCCUUAAAAACGAACUGAAUACAUUACACGUGGACGCAAUUCAUAGGAAUAUCUUAAAUAGUUUUACCGAUUUCGAGUGGAAUUCUGGAAUCCAAGAAAGCACUCAAUCCUCCAGAGGUGUCGAUUAGUACUAAAUCCUCCAGAGGGUCGACUAGUACUGAAUCCUCCGGAGGUGUCGAUCAGUACUGAAUCCUUCAAAAGGUGUCGACUAGAACUGAAUCCUCAAAAAUGUGUCGACUGAAUCUUCCAAAAGAUGUCGACAAGUACUGAAUCCUCUAUAUAAAUGAUGACUUCCGAAAAGUUAGAAUUUGUUGAAAAUUUAGAACUUAUCCAGAGCAUCAUGUGAAUAAGUCAAUACUAAAUCAUUGUCGAGUAUUCUGAGUUCUGGAGAUUGUAACUCAAGUUUUAAGAAUGUAAUAAUGUGACUCUUCAAUACCUUUUGGAGACCGCCAUCUGUUAUGGACAGAAAAAUAAACAAUGAACAUUGAGCUAUGAGACAGUCGUGAAUGUUUAAGAUAAACGAAGUACAAGAUCUUGUUGAAAAUGCUUAGAUCGAAAAACGUAACAGAUUCAGUAACUAUGCCGGUUGUGAAAGGUUGAAAUUCAGAAAGCUUCGAAAAUUCAAGGUUUAGCGAAUAGACGUGGAGCUCAUCUAAAGUUAGAAUUUAGUCGAUUGUUCUGCAUCCAAAGCUGCCGAUGUUUGUAGCGAGGCUGUACAAUUUCUAUGAACGCAUAAUAGUAAUUUGACAAGUUACGCAAUUAAACAGAAUAUCUGAAUUUUGUUAAACAUUCUGUGCAGAAAAAAUUAGCGGAACUUUCGUCAGAGAUUCCCAGAAUGAAUUUCCUUUAAAUUCUUCUAUUCAGCUUCCAACUUUUAACCUCAAAAUCAACCUCACGACUCUAAUUGUUCAAAUAUUUUACGUUGCAUAUGACAAAUUGCUAAACAUUUUAUUUUACGUGUGAGGAAUCAAUAAAAUGUGAUAACAAAAAGUGAAUGAUGAACCAAAUGGUGAAAAAAAAAUUAUUUUUCUUUCUAAAACGCAAUGUGAUAAUUUCGACUUUUUUUUAAAAGGAAAAAUGAAGGCAAUUCAUGUAAUUGCAAAAUGAAUAGGAAAAGAAUUUAUAAAAUUGAAAAGUGAAAAGUGGCAGCACCAAAAAAAGAGAGAACUGUAUGGAGAGGAGAGAAUGACACAGACAUAAAAAAAUGUGAAUUGAAAAAGGCUAAUUAAUUCGAGAAAUUAAAGAUAAUGAAAGAAAAGAUGAGACCGAUUUUUUCUAUAGUUUAACCUUCAAGUGCUUUGAAUAAAUUCAGUUUUUUACAUUAAUAAAAGGAAAUGCUGAGAAAAAUAUUUUUAAUAAAAAGAUGAAAAUUAAUGCCAUCAGAAUAAAAUAGAUAGGCGGGGAAUGGUGAGAACAAAUUGUUAAAAAGAAGAAGAAAAAUUAUUUUUUUUUGUAAAUUUAAGAAAAUAAUCUUUAACUUUUGUCGGUGUAAAUGAUGAUCGACUCAAUUCCGAUAUUAUAGGCAAAAUGUCGGUAAAUUCAGUAUAGUUCCUCCGGGGCCGUCGAAUGUUUAUUAGAGAUAGUUAACUAACUUUGUACUUGUCAGAACAUGAAAGAUGCUUAUAUCCGUAAUUGACACCACUCAGAGAAGCAUUACUGUUCUCUACGAAGGCACACAACACAGUGUGAAAAUGAAUCACUAGCGCCACCUGACAAAUAGAUAUUGUUUCAACGAAAAUUGUUGGAUCGUUGAUCCAUCCGACGAAGGAUAAAGAUUAGUGUCACUAAAGAGGAAAGAAAAUUCACAGAAAUUCUGAAUACCAAUUUCGCUUUACUCAUAACGGUAAGGCUUGUGCAAAUUUAGAAUGGCUUUCAAAUUUUGCUUAUAAAAAGGUUAAAAAGAAGGAAGAAAGAAGAAGAACCACUUGAACCGCUAGAACCAAAUGUGAAUUUUCCUUCCCUUACUUACUAUUAUGUUUCAUAAACAAAAAAGAUGGGAUGGAAUGUGACUUUAUCUUCCUGAAAAUUAUAUAAGUUCACAAUCCACACACACAACAUACACAGGAAUUAUAGAUCGCUGUUAUCAUAAAAAGAAAAACCAAAAAAUAUUUAAGAAUGGAAAGCAUUUUAUAUUUAAAAAUGGAAAAAAAAUGUAACAACAUUGCAGUGGACGUGAACAUUAUUCUAAUUAUAAAAAUGAUUAUUUGUAAAACGACCGUAUGAGCUAAGUUAAAGGUUAAGGUAACGUUUGUAAUUGUAAUCAAUAAAUGAAGAAGAAGAAAAAAAAGAAGGAAGAAUAAAGGGAGGAAGAAGAAAGAGGAGACGAAGAAAGAGAAGACGAAGAAAGAGAAGAAGAAAAGACGAAAUAGGUGAAGAAAAGGAAGCGAAGAUAGAGAAGAAAAACUACAGAAAUGGGGUUGUUGGAAUUUAUGAGUGUUUUGUUUGCAAUGCACUGUACUUCUUAGAUAGAAAGUUAAUUUAUUGUUUUAGAAUUUGUACGCAAUCAUAGACUUUAAUUUGAAUUGCCUUUAAGUUUGCUACAAAUUACAAAUAAAAAGAGAUAGAAGGUAGACUCAGCAGAAACUGACCAGUAACUUAAAUUAAUCGUAAUUUUGCUAUUAGUAAUUGAUAGAGAGUAUACAACCAAAACCGAAGCUAUGAAUUCGAUAGAAAGAAAAUUAUUACCAAAAAAUACAGGGGAUCAAAGAUUUCAUUUUCGUUAUAAUAAAAAUCUUUCAAUCAAACCCAUAUCAAUCAAAAAAUAAUUUAAAUGAACGCAAAAAAAAAAAUUGAUCGUCGCUUACGCACUAACACAAUUGGUAGAACGAAUUUACUCCCUUUUUGUUUGGGCACGAUGAUAUAGGGUUUUGUGAACAAAAUAUAAAUUAAAGUUUGGUGCUAAAAAUGAAAUGCCUUUGGUGAAACGGGAAAUUGGAAAUUUUCUUUUUUUUAUUUAUUUUCUUUCACCAACAAAAUUUAUCACCGAGAAAAAUUACGAAAAUUUGCUAUUGGUUUGUUCAAAAUCGUUUUAAAUGAAUUCCAUUUUAAUCGAUGUUAGGUCGCCUUGCUAGUAUUUUGUAUCGGAAGCCAGAAGUCCUCAGUGUUAGAUUGUUUCAGUGAGAUUCUUUCCUAAAAAUUUGCAGAUUGGAAUUGGAAUUCUUAUCAUUUGAGAUUUCCAAAUUCCUUGUAAGUAGAUGAUAAGAUUUUCAAAAAUCGAUACAAAUCGAUUUUUAAUCUAUAAUCGAUGCAUGGAGAUACAGCGAUAAUUACCGACAAUCGAUAAUCCAUUUUAAUCGAUUUUUACAUUUAAAAGUCGGUUCUUAACUAAACUACAAAGAAAAACGUAAGUUAAAAUGAUCUGCUCUUAACGGCGCCUCCGACAGCUAAUUUCAGUUUUAGUACUAAUAUUUUUAAAUCGAUGUUUCUUAUCGACAAUCGAUAUUCGAUAAUUUGUGAUCAUCAUUAAUAUUCUUUCAAAAGUAUCGACAAUCAAUUCUAAAAGUACAAUUCCUUUAAGCUCUCAGAAUCUGUUAGGUACGUUUAAAAUAUUUGACACUCUCAACUGGUGCCAUCUACACGGGAAAAUGAAAUAUAUCACUGUCGACUUCUUCGACGUACACAUUUUCUUUGAUCAAUUUAAAAUGGAAUUCAUACUUUAUAAUACUUGAGAGACAGAAAGCUUUCAAUGUUUGUUGAAGUAAUAAAAGAAAGUAAUAAAAAUAAGUUUAGCAAAAGAGGAAUGCACUUUGUUUUUGUUGCGAAAAAAGGUAAAUUUUUUGUUGCGAAUAGAAAUUUUAUGGGAAGAAAAGAGAAACGAAAAAUAUAAAAUCUCUUCACAAAAUGAAAUUAAUUACCAAAAACACGAAAAUAUUUAUUCCAUCAACUUAAUGAAUUUACAUAUUUUGCUUCUCUAGUCAGUU